GUUUUGUCAAUUUUGACACUGACAUUUCGAUUUGCGCCAAAUUACCGGAAUUCAUACAAUUUAUUAUAAUUAUAAUUUUAUUAUUUUGAUAAACAUAAAAUGUCCAAAAGAAAUAGUACUGGAGGUGGAAACACUCUAUUUAACUAUUUUUCUAAAACACCGCCUGCGAAUAAAAAGGUAAAAAGUAAAAUAGAUUCUGAAGACAGUCCCAAACUCGAAUCGAAAAGCAUUGAUAAAGAAAUAAAAAAUGAAAAUAAAAAGCGUGAAAGGCAACCAACACCAUCCCCAAAGGUGAAUGAUGCUCACAGUGAUGAUGAAGAACUCCCACUAGUUCCCAAAAAGAAAAAAAGAAUCAGACUUAACCCUCUGGACUCUGAUGAUUCCGAUGUAGAAAACAAAGUAGAUAAUAAAAUAGAAACCCCCAAAAAUGAUAAAAAAUCAGCAUUGGAGAAAAAACUACAGGACAGUUUUAAAUACGAACCAAAUCAAUCACCUAAAAGUUCAAAGAAAGAAAAGCCUCUCCCAACUACGUCUAGUAAUGGGCCUCCACCAACCCCAUCUAAAAAUGAAGAAAAAGCAACAGUAUCUGAUGAGGGUAAUUGGGUGCAUUGCAAACUCGCUUGGUUGAAGGCUGACAAAAUUAGAGAUGCAAUGCAGAGGAGACCAGAUCACCCUGAUUACGAUGCAACCACAUUGUAUGUACCACCUGACUUCUUGAGAAAACAAACACCUGCGCAUCGUCAGUGGUGGGAGAUGAAGUCGUCCCAUUAUGAUUGUGUGCUGUUCUUUAAAGUCGGCAAGUUUUAUGAACUGUACCACAUGGACGCAGCUGUGGGUGUGAAUGAACUUGGAUUCUCUUAUAUGAAGGGUGACUUUGCACAUUCUGGUUUUCCUGAAAGCGCAUACGCUAGAAUGUCGUCGACUUUAGUCUCAAAGGGUUUCAAAGUGGCUAGAGUGGAACAAACGGAGACUCCUGAGAUGAUGCAAGAUAGGUGUAAAAAAGCGGGUCUAAAAACUUCGGACAAGGUCGUCCGCCGUGAAAUAUGCCAGGUGACGCUGCGUGGCACGCAGGUGUGCGGGCUGCAGGACGCGGGACCUUGCGAGGCCAGCGCUGCCUUCAUGAUGGCCAUUGCUGAAGAGGACAACAAUGGUUGCAGUUCUUAUGGAGUUUGCUUUGUCGACACGUCGAUCGGAUUAUUUCACCUCGGUCAGUUCCAGGACGACAAACAUUCUUCCAGACUGCUCACCACAUUGGCGCAUUACCCGCCCGCCUUGGUUAUAUACGACCGUAAAUCUACAACGGCGCGUACAAGUAAACUGCUUUCAACGCAUUGUUAUAACGCGCGAAGGGAAGCUUUAAACAUGUGGGCUCCGGACAAGACGCUCAAGAUCCUCGCGGACAAGUAUUAUAGGACGAAUGCGGACGGCGACUGGCCGGAGGGGAUCAAAGAGUUUUUACACGAAGGUGACGCAUUAGGCCUUACGCCAGCAGCUAAUUGUUUUCUAGCAGUAAAAGCACUAGGGGGUUGCGUGGCCUACCUCACCGACUGCCUAUUAGACAUACAAGUAUUAGGCAUGUCUCAGUUCACACACUAUGCACCACCUGAUGUGCUAAACAAGACCUUAUCUCAAGAGGCAAAGGAUACAAAUCGCUGGGAAGGCGGCAACACCAUGGUUCUGGAUGCCAUUACCCUGAGGAAUUUGAGGAUAGUGCAAGAUGAAGGGUGUUUGUAUGAAAGGUUGAAUUUCUGUUCAACAGCUAUGGGAAAGAGAUUAUUAUACCAAUGGGUUUGCGCGCCAAGUUGUAACCUCAAAGUUAUUGAAGAACGUCAACAGGCAGUGAAAGCAUUGUUCGAAAAUGUUGAGAUAUGUCAGGAAGCCAAGAAUAUAUUGACUACAUUGCCAGAUUUGGAACGGCUUUUGGCGAAAGUCCACGCACUAGGCAACCUAAAAAGAUCGAAACAGCACCCGGACUCUCGAGCCAUCUUCUAUGAAGAAAAGACUUAUUCCAAGCGGAAAGUUCUCGACUUUAUAUCAGUGCUCAACGGGUUCACCUCUGCGUUGAAACUUGUCCAGUUGUUUGGGGAUGUGGAUUCGAUUCUGCUGAAGACCAUCACGCAGUUCGCCCCCGAUGGAAAGUACCCUGAUUAUAAGGAUACUCUAAAGUUUUUUUAAGGUAAAUUUUUUUAUUGGUUUGAAGCAUUUAACCAGAAAGAGGCAGAGAAAGAAGGACGUAUACUUCCCGGGGAAGGAGUCGACCAGGAAUACGAUAAUACUAUACAACUUAUAAAGGAGAUUGAAACAGAAUUAAAAGAUUAUUUGGCUGAACAAGAGAAAUAUUUUAAAUGUCGUAUCUCGUACGUGGGUUCGGACAAGAAGCGCUACCAGCUGGAGGUGCCGCUGAGCGCGGCGGGUAGGGCGGGCUCCGAGUAUCACAUGGAAAGCGCACGUAAAGGAUUCAAGAGGUUCUCCACUGAUGAGACUAAGGACUUACUAGCGCGCAUGAUAGCGGCAGAAGAACAAAAGACGAACGUGUUGAAAGAUCUGAGCCGUAGAAUAUUCGAGAAGUUCUCGUCCAACUACAACCAGUGGGAGACGGCCGUGCAGUGCCUCGCUACACUGGACAUACUGCUAGCGUUCACAGAGUUCGCGCGACAGCAGACCGGAGACGUGUGCCUGCCGCAGAUUACUUAUGAUAAAGAAGAGAAGCCAUACAUCAACAUAACAGAGGGUCGUCACCCCUGCAUAUCGAACGUGACGGACUUCAUCCCGAACGACACGAGGCUCGGCAGCGCCGGCGCCAACCUGCUGCUCCUCACCGGGCCCAACAUGGGCGGCAAGUCCACACUCAUGCGGCAAGUGGGGCUGCUCACCGUGCUUGCUCAUUUGGGUAGCUAUGUACCAGCACAAGAGUGCCGUCUGAGCCUAGUGGACCGGAUCUUCACUCGUCUGGGAGCAUCGGACGACAUCCUGGCGGGACAGUCCACGUUCCUAGUUGAGAUGAACGAGACAGCCGCUAUAGUGAAACACGCUACUGUGCAUUCACUGGUGCUGCUUGAUGAAUUAGGGCGCGGCACGUCGACGUACGACGGCACGGCGCUGGCGUCGGGCGUGUGCGUGGAGCUGGCGCGGCGCGCGUGCCGCGUGCUCUUCUCCACGCACUACCACGCGCUCGUGCACCACCUCGCGCACCACCCGCGCGUGCUGCUCGGACAUAUGGCGUGCAUGGUAGAAACAGACGAAUCAACACCGGACAGCGAAGACCACAUACCAGAAGAGACCAUAACAUUCCUGUACAAACUCAGUCCGGGCGCGUGUCCCAAGUCCUAUGGAUUCAACGCGGCCCGACUCGCCGGCAUUCCUAAAGAAAUCACGCGCAAGGCACAUCUCAUAUCCAAGAAUUUGGAGAAGGAAGCCACUUGUGCGAGGGCGUUUAGAGAUCUUAUGAAAUUGGGAGAUAAUGCUCAAGGAUUGAGGGAAUUGUUAGGUUCCUUAAAAAUUUGAAAGUAAAAGUUUAUCAACAUUAUGGUAGGUCGGAAUAUAAGAUCGGGUCGAUAAUAAUGUCGGAUGCUUUUGGCAUUUGUUUUUAUCUAAUAAAAUUUAACGUCAUUUCUCGAUUGUUUCGUCGUAUCAAAUAUGGUGUGUCUAUGUGUAUACAGUGACAUGGCUCUCAUUAUUCAGUUUUAUUGGACAAACUCGACGGUAUAAUUAACCAAUGACAAAAUUAUCGAUCGGAUUUUAUAUAUACCUUACUAGUUUACUGCCAGACAUACCUCUUAAAAAUCAGAUAAAAUAUUUGAUUUUCAACUUAAGUAGCUAUAAAUAUGUUGCUGUUGAGCAUAUAUGAGUAUUUUUAGUUAGGUUUUAAGUUACGAGCAGCUUGUGUAACAUUUUAAGCUCAUUGCUACUAUAAAGAUUUUUAAGAAUUACUUUUUUAUCGAUUAUGUAAUCGAUUUUGAUCGAGUCCCACCACAGUUAUGCUUUUCAUAGGAGUAGAUCCAGGCUUUAGCCUCUGAUAGCCCAAUGAUUUUUAUGUUAUAAUUGGGCAGAAUCUCUUAGCCAUAAGUUCCUGGUUAUUUGUUGAGUUGAUUGUUGAAUGAAAUUCAUUUGUUUCGUCUAAAACAAACUGUGAUUAAUCAAGACAAUUGUUAAUACCCACCUUAUUAUUUUGUAUUAAACGUAUUCGAUAUA